AAGUAUAUGCAUGCUCAGACUAUAGAAUUAGGAGUUGUGAUAAAAACUACAAAUCCUAGAUUGCGUGUUACAACCCCUACAUGGGUCGUGUAGUUAAUUGCACUUCCCUCGUAAGAGAAGUGUGCACUGCGCAGGGCUUUGUGUUCAACUACAGUACCCACACUCACUGUGGAGCGGCUGUGAUCCGCGGAUAGCUCACCGCUGCUGUUCUCUCCUAAGUCUAGCGCUCUCUGCUUUUUAGCGGAUUGGCAAAACAGGGUAGGAUCACUUGAAGGAAUACAAAAACAUAAACAAAAAUGGCAGAGCUUGGAGCGGGGAGCCUGCUAACAGGAGAUCCUGCUUUUAAUUAUCAAGAGCAUGAGCUAAACGAGCGUUUGAAGCGGCUGUACCCGGCCGUGAAUGAGGAAGAGACCCCCUUACCCCGAUCUUGGAGCCCCAAGGAUAAGUACAGCUACAUCGGGCUCUCACAGAACAACCUGCGGGUGCAUUACAAAGGCCACGGAAAAAACCACAAAGAUGCAGCAUCUGUACGGGCCAUCCAUCCUAUUCCUGCCGCUUGUGGCAUCUACUACUUUGAGGUGAAAAUCGUAAGCAAAGGAAGGGAUGGGUACAUGGGAAUUGGACUUUCUGCCCAGGGGGUCAACAUGAACAGACUGCCUGGUUGGGACAAGCACUCCUAUGGUUAUCAUGGUGACGACGGACACUCCUUUUGCUCCUCAGGGACUGGCCAACCAUAUGGCCCUACCUUCACAACGGGCGACGUCAUUGGCUGCUGCGUGAACCUCAUCAAUAACACAUGCUUUUACACCAAGAAUGGGCAGAGUUUAGGUGUGGCUUUCACAGAUCUCCCACCUAACCUGUACCCCACAGUAGGGCUACAGACUCCAGGAGAGAUAGUAGAUGCUAAUUUUGGCCAACAGCCUUUUGUGUUUGACAUUGAGGACUACAUGAGUGAAUGGAGGGCCAAGAUCCACAGCAUGAUCGCCCGCUUCCCCAUUGGAGAAAGACUGGGAGACUGGCAGGCGGUUCUGCAAAAUAUGGUAUCCAGCUACCUAGUUCAUCAUGGGUAUUGUGCCACAGCAAUGGCCUUUGCCAGAGCCACAGAGACAAUGAUCCAAGAGGACCAAACCUCUAUAAAAAGCAGACAGAGUAUACAGAAGCUGGUAUUGGCAGGACGUGUUGGAGAAGCCAUUGACGCAACACAGCAGUUGUACCCCGGACUCCUAGAACACAACCCCAAUUUACUCUUCAUGUUGAAGUGUCGGCAGUUUGUGGAGAUGGUGAAUGGUACAGAUAGUGAGGUACGGUGCUUUAGUGUCCGCUCUCCUAAAUCACAGGACAGCUAUCCUGACUCCCCCAACCUGAGCCCACGGCACGGAGCCACCAACGCACACUUGCACAACACAGGAGCAGACAGUCCCACGUGCAGUAAUGGGGUCACCCCUAAUAACAAAAAUAAGAGCCACAACAAAUACACAGGUGUAAGCUCCGCCUCCUCCUCUCCAUCCUCCUCUCCUUCCUCUGUCAAUUACUCAGAGUCCAACUCUACCGACUCCACCAAGUCCCAGCCCCACAGUGCCACCAGCAACCAGGAGACUAGGUCUGUGUUGUUGUUUGGUGAUAGUGAGAUGGAAAUUGAGGCAGAGCAUUACAGUAAUGGCGUGACAGAAAGCUCAACCCGCAUUAUGAAUGGCACAUACAAACACCAGGAAAUCCUGCAGGCGGAUGACAACAGUGUUGGCAAUGGAGUAGCAGAUGACAGCUGCAGCUCAAGACAGCUGUGUGGAGGAAACCAGGCGGCCACGGAGAGAAUGAUCCAGUUCGGCAGAGAGCUUCAGGCCCUCAGCGAGCAGCUCUGCCGCCAAUAUGGCAAAAACGCCACUCACAAAAAGAUGCUGCAGGAUGCAUUCAGUCUGCUGGCAUAUUCAGACCCCUGGAACUGCCCCGUGGGCCAGCAGUUGGACCCCAUGCAAAGAGAGGCGAUCUGCUCCGCUCUCAACAGUGCUAUUCUGGAGUCUCAGAAUCUGCCCAAACAGCCUCCACUCAUGCUGGCUCUGGGUCAGGCCACCGAGUGCGUGCAGCUGAUGGCCAGGGUUCGCUCUGGUUCCUGCUCCUUCGCCAGAAUCGACAACUUUUUGCACUAGCACCAGUCCAGACAAGAGCACCAAGGCAGUGUUCGGGACAGCUAAAAGGAGGACUUCUCAGUUGGUUGCCAUGAGGAGAACAUGUGUUUGAAUUGGUGUGUCGUUUGCCAGAAGCAACCGAGCAGACUGAAUAGAAACAUGAGAAGAGAGGCUUCUUUUUAAUUUAGUAUUAUCAAAUACAAAUUGUGUGACACUAUUUAAGGAUAAUUAAUUAUUCUGUUUAUCUAGUCUUUUUUUUUUAUGGGUGAAUUCAGUGCAUAGUUUUUCAAGCAUACCAUAUCAACAAUAUACAUAAUGGUAAGUUCCUCCUGAAAAUUUGAGCUACGCACUCUGGUUUUUCUCAGUCAGAGCUCAGGUAUUUAGACAAAUGUUCUUUUGUCGUCAGCGUGGGAUGUUUGCGGACACAGGUGUCGCUUCACCAGAUCAUAAUGUGGGUUUUUAAGCCGGUCCUUUUUUAUGUAAAAGCCAAUUCUAUAGGUUUUUUUUUUAAAUUUGGUUAACUAUAACAGCCCCUUUAGGAAGCAAAUGGACGUCGGUGUUGCAAAUAUGUGAAUUAGGCGUGACUUUACAAUGUUUUUGUGAGAGAGGGGGAGCUAAUUGGCUCCUAGCAUCUUUUAAGCUAUUUUAGUAUCUCAGGCACCAGCAUGAGUUUCAUUAGACACAAUCACACAUUGACGACGCAGACUUGCCUUUGGGUCCAAUGUAGAUGACUUAUAUUUUCAACCAUAGACCUUUGCCCAAAAAAUAAAUCUAUUUUACCACUAUUUUACCAUCUUUAUAUCAUGCAAUUGUCAACCGUUACUUUUUUUAAGUUUUAAGUUAGGUAUAUUGAAUUUAACAAGUGGUGUUCCAAAUUUUGUGGCUGUACCAAAUAAAAAACGCAACGUUUUUGACAAAAAAAAAUUAAGGUCAGUUGUUUGAUUACUGAGAAGCUCCACUGACGUUUGCAGACUAACUUCGUAUUACUGUUUUAUACCCAUGUGAAUAGUGUCACUGUGUUGAUAGUUCUCCUGUUAGAUUAAUAACUACAAACUGACACCGUUUCAACUUCUGUUGUUGGUUGUUUCAUUGGCUGUUGAGUACUGUUGUUCAAGUUUCUUACCAUUGGAUGCACUGUACUUCAAUGAAUGCACAUGAUGCAUUACUGUAUCUGUCUACCUCUCCUGUUCAGUAAUGGAGGGACAGAGUAUGAACUUGCAGCAUGCAAGACAGUUGACUGACCCAGCGUUCCUACAAAUGAACAGAGAAAAAAGUAUUUAUUUAGCACCUAGAACAUCUCCUUAAAUUGCAAUCAUCUUUGUUGCUCCAGAACUCAUAUCAGUGCAGUUGUUUUGGUCUUUCCCUCCUUUAGCAGUCGUUUAUGUUUUGGCCUUUGUACAUGUGAUGUUAACUGGCUCAGGCACUUAACACUCUUUAUUUCCCAUUAGCAGCUUGUGUUUCUUUUUCCUGUCUUUUAAUCUGGUCAUCCAUGAAGGAAGAAAUAUAAAUCGAUCCCAUGUCAACCCAGCGUUUUACUUGCCAGCACGCCACCGUGGUGUGGAAUGUAGCUUAGCCGAUUUAAUUUCCCACAUGUUUUGCUGCUGGCCAUCAUGAGAUUGUUACAUUCCUGUAUCUACACCUGCUUUAGUUCAUUUAUACCUCAUUUACUCUUAGGACAGUGCUGUCUAGCUUGUUGUAUCAUGACAGGCGUUUUAACAAGGUAUGUGUAGUGCAGGUUGACCUGGAAGAAGUCAGAGGUCACUGGAAGGUUGCACAUGCUCCUCAAUAGCUAAAAUAAACUUGGCCUUCCCAACUCUGGAGUUACAUAAUGAAAAUCACAGAUUACACUGUUCCCCAUCAUUUGUUUUAGCAAUGUUUAUGUGGUGGUCUGAUUGUGUGGGGUGGGGAUUUUACACAUCCUGAUCCCAAACAAUCUUGUUUUACUGUUUUACUCCGCUAAAUGGGUUAAUUUGGUUGUUAAAUGGUGGUAUAAUGUUGCAUGGGGAAAUCUUGUGUAACUUUUUACUUAUGUUUGAGUUACAAAAUGGCAGUUUAUAUAGAAGCGCUCAUACUUCUACUGACAUGAACAGUAAGUUGGAGAUCUUUUGUCAUGGGGCGGCUUUUUAAUGCCAAAUAUGUUUUGGAACUCAUCAUAAUCUAACCACCUAUAAUGAAUAUUGUCAUUUUAAAAUGAUCCAUCAUAUAACUUCUUAUUGGCUUUAAAUAGGGACCUACGUACAUGUAUGGAAGUGAAGAAAGUAGCCAAAAUCCUUGUCGAGAUCAUUUUAGUCAUGUGGGGAUGUUCCUGCCUCAAAAGACAGUGGAGCAGGAUGAAUGGAAUGGAGUACAGCAAGCUGUGCACAAUUUAUUUACUUAUUAUGAUUUUAAUUUUAUUUGAGUUUUCUUUUAGCAAUUGUGAAAUGGGUUACCCUCUACUUAGCAUGAACCUUUAAAAAACUUUAAAACAACAUAAAAAAGAAAAACGAUUAAAAAAGAAAAAAAAAGAGAGUCAUACCUAUGUACUGGAAACAUGAUAAAGAAAUAUUGUACUCAUUUAAUUUUGACAGAAUUAUUUUUAUUAAAAUACACAUCCAUGAGCAAA